AUGCAUGCCCGGCGGCGGUGUCAGAAGAGUGAUCAUUCUUCUUCUACGUUCUUUUUCAACGUUCAACUAUCCACCAUUCACCAAGCCAAGUCCUCACUCUUCCAGCCAGCCACCGGCUCUUUUGUCUUCCUUCCUCUUCCUGUCCAGCAUCGAUCGAAAUAUGGGUUGGCAAGAGAGACCCAGCGACAAAGACAGCUAGCGGUGGUUGCAGCAAGCCAGGUAGCUGAAGAGAAGGAAAGCGCUGCUGCGGACGCGUUCAUUGGGGCUAUACGAGGCGGAGAGGCUGGGCAGAAGGAGGCUGCUGGUACUGUGGUAGACUGGAAGAGUGCUUCGUCGGCUUGCGAGUACUGCCACCGUCGCAAGUCCGUAGAGGCGUGA